AAUAUAAAUAGAACCACAUACUUUAUAUAUCUCUUUUUAACACAUUUCAAUCCAAUUGUAUAUGGCACACGCCUUUCUUGCAAGACAAGUCUCAGAUUUGUGUGUCGGAAAGCAACCGCUGAGCUCAUUACCCGCCACAGCAUCCAUUGCUGACACGGUCAUUGCACUCAAAAGGUCGGGAAAUAUUGAUAUAAGUAUAUGGAACUGUAAUCAUUUAACGGAUUUUAAAGAUUCUGGUAUUAAUGACAAUGUGGUAUCGUGUUGGUGCGUUGGUAAGAUAUGUAUGGUUGAUGUGAUUGCAUUUAUAUGUAAAGAUGAGAAUGUGGCACGUCCUUUGGAUGUCCUUGAACAAACUAGUGUUUUGGAUCUUAUUUCGGGUGAAGGAAAGAUCAAGCAUUUGGAAUCGAAUUCGAGCUUGUUGGAGGCAAUAGAUUGCAUACUUGAAGGGGCUCAAAACUUGGUAAUACCAAUUGAAACCACAAGAUACAAUCAAAGAAAAAGACAAGUGAUAACCAAAACUUCUCCUUUGGGUACUACUACACUUCACAAUGGCCAAGAAUUUUGCUGGAUAACUCGAGAAGAUGUCAUUCGCUUCAUGCUAGAUUCAAUCAACGUAUUCUCCCCGGUACCUACAUUCACAAUUGACUCACUCGACGUAAUCAAUACGGAUACACUAACGAUCUAUUAUGACGACCCUGCCUAUUCUGCAUUACCCUUGAUUACUAACUCACAUUUAAAUCAAACGUCUAUAGCAGUUGUUAACCAAGACAACACGUUAAUAGGUGAAAUUUCCCCUUUUUCCCUCUCCUGUUGCGAUGAAACCAUCAUUGCCGCUGUUGCCACCCUGUCUGCCGGUGAUCUCAUGGCUUACCUUGACUACAGUGGGCCACCUGAGGAUUUGGUCCACUUGGUUAAAAUGAGGUUACAAGAAAGAAAGUUGUCAGCUAUGUUGGAUCUAAUGGAGGACUAUAACAGCGCUGCAUCUUCUUUUUCUUCGUCUUCAAGUUCAGAUGAGGAAUUUGGAUCUGGAAAGAAUGGUGGCAUUAUGGGUCGGAGUAAUCCUUGGAGGCGGUCAGAGGCAAUUGUUUGCAACCCGUGGAACACUUUGAUGGCUGUUAUGGUUCAAAUGAUUGCGCAUCGCGUUAGUUAUGCCUGGGUUGUUAAAGAGGAUUACGGUUUGAUAGGGAUUGUGACGUUUACAGAUAUUUUGAGGCGAUUAAGGAGUAGCGUUGACUUUUUGAGUAAACACACAGAAGAGAAUACCAAUAUGCAGUAACAAACGAGUUUGGUGAUCUCGAUCGUGUAAACUCGUACUAUACUCUUGUGCAAUUUUUUCCCUUCUUUUUGUUGUAUUUUUAAAGGAUUGGCACGAGACUUUCCGCCCAAUUUGAUACAUGGAAUAAAAACCAGGAUAUGGUUUACAAAACACGAGAUUUAAGUGAGGUGUAAGAACAAGUAUUCAUCUCAUUUCGAUUAUUCGAUAUACAUCUUGUUUUUGAUUUACAUUA